UCAUAAGCAUUAAGUGCUUUUCAUCUUUACUAAUAUACUAGGUGUGUUACCACUGGGUUUUGUUUAACUAUUCUAUUAAAUUUCAUUAAACUGGGAUGAUGGGAACGUAAAAAUGCCAAGAUGGAAUCGCUCAAGAUGCAAUUACAGGGUCUUAGUGCUCUUUAAUGUCACCAAGCCCACCGCUCUGGAUGUAUAAAAGGGACAACUUUCAGCACUAGGCUCAGAGGCACUCAUCUGAAGUUGAUUCUGCUCCAAGCACCACAGAUUUCAAGACUCUUUAAAAAUGUCUUACCAAUCUGGACAUAGCAGCCAUGGAAUCAAGAGCUUCAGUUCAUCCUCAGCCUGCUUACCAUCUGUAAGCAAACAUAGCUCCAUUGGUUCUAUCACAUCAAAGAAGAUAUCAAUGGGCCACAAAAUCCACCCAUCGUUCAGCAGCAAAAGUGUCUACAGUGUUGCAUCUGGAGGACAUAAGAUUUCAACUGGAUUGAAGAGUGGACAUGCUUAUAGUUUGUCAGGAAUCGGACAUGGGUUGAGUGCUUCUGGCCAUGGAUUUGGUGGAUCAUUUUGUUCUCCUGGUAUCACCUCUGUUACUGUUAAUCAAAGUCUCCUGGCUCCUCUCAAUUUGGAGAUUGAUCCUAAUAUUCAGAAAGUCAGAAUUGAUGAAAAAGAUCAGAUUAAAGGUCUGAACAACAAAUUUGCUUCCUUCAUAGACAAGGUGAGAUUUUUGGAGCAACAAAAUAAGAUGCUAGAAACCAAAUGGUCUCUUCUGCAAGACAAAAAACCCGCAAAAAGCCACAUUGAACCUCUCUUUGAGGCAUACAUCAACAAUCUCCGCAAACAGCUCGAGAGUCUUGGAGGUGAAAGAGCUCGUUUGGAGGCAGAAAGAAGGAAUAUGGAAGAUGCAGUAGAGGAAUUCAAGAAAAAGUAUGAAGAAGAGAUCAACAGACGCACUGCGGCAGAGAAUGAAUUUGUUGGACUUAAGAGAGACGUUGAUGCGGCUUUCAUCAACAAAUCUGAACUACAAGCAAAGGUGGACUCACUAACUGAUGAGAUUAACUUCCUGCGUGCCCUCUUCGAUGCAGAGAUUGCUCAGCUCCAGGCUCAGAUCUCAGAUAUCUCUGUUAUUGUGUCUAUGGACAACAGCAGAGAUUUAGACAUGGACAGUAUCAUUGCUGAAGUUAAGGCUCAAUAUGAAGAGGUUGCAAACAAGAGCAGAGCUGAGGCUGAGGCCAUGUACCAGUCACGGUAUGAGGAGCUGCGCUCAACAGCCGGAAGACAUUGUGAUGACUUGAGAAACACUAAGCAUGAAAUUACUGAACUGACUCGUCUGAUCCACAGACUGAAGGGUGAAAUAGAAAGUGUGAAAGCACAGCGUGCUAAGCUGGAAGCUGCCAUCACAGAGGCUGAGGAACGUGGUGAGGCUGCUGUCAAAGAUGCCAAAGCUAAACUAUCUGAACUGGAGGCUGCUCUACAGAAGGCCAAGCAGGACAUGGCUCGUCAACUCAGAGAAUACCAGGAGCUGAUGAAUGUCAAACUGGCUCUGGAUAUUGAGAUUGCCACCUACAGGAAACUUUUGGAAGGGGAGGAAUGCAGACUUAUUGGUGAAGGCCAUGGGGCUGUUAGCAUCUCUGUGGUUAGCAGCUCCACUGGACAUAGCACAAGUGGCCAACAUCACCAUGUGGGAAGCUUCAGCUCCAGCAGUUUAUCCAAGGGGAAGUAUGGACAUCACUGUUAAGCCUCAGCUAUUUUAGAUAAUCUGCGCUAAUAAUUGCACUGUGCUGAGCCAUACCUUAGUGGGUUAAGCUCUAGGAAACCAGCUUAUAUGUAGUCUGUGAUCUGUUCCCAUGUCUAUAAUAAUUCUAUAUCCUUCGAUCUCCACAAGUUUACUCUUUGAUUCUUUGAAAUGUGCUUUGUCUUUAUCUUUAGCUAUAUGCAUCUGUCAAUCCCAUCUCCCAUAUUAAAAUAAAGAAUAGCAAUAUUG